AUGGAACGACUCAAUAAUCCGAGAAAUUGUGAGCAAACGGGUAUUACAAAUCAAGAUCUGGUUUCCACGCGAAAGGUGAUACGGCAUUUAGGACCAGUUCUCCGUAAGAAAAAUGUAGAUAUCAAGUUUAUUUUGAGAGAAGUGAAGAAGUUAAGAAAGACAGAGCCCAGACAGUCGGAAGUUUUGUAUGAAACUGGAUCUGAGGACCGAUCUAAUUCGACAGUUCGUUUAUCAACAUCUUCACUGAUAGACAGUGAAACAAAUUUGAGUAAGGCCAAUCCUGCGACCAUUACCUCUAUGCCACAUACUGUUAAUCCAGUUAACGAUAGCGAUCCAGCAUCAGUUAUCGAUGGGUCAGGUUUGAACAACACGCAUUACGCGGAUGAACAGUUGUUGCCUCCGCCUAUUAAAGAAAAUAUUUUAUUACAUGCAAAUACUUCCAAAGACAUUGCGAUAGAGGGAUGCGAUAAAUACAAUGUUUCUGAAUCUUUAUUAACUAAUUUGGAAUUGAAAGACCAAGAAACCAUUAACAACCAAAUAAUUUCUAGGCAAGAUACAACAGAAAAUAUAAAUAUAGAAACCAGUCUCACGAGCUUUCAUUUAUCUGGCAGUUAUCUUGAUCAAGGUACUCUAGUAUCCUUAGAUGAUAUCGUAAUAAUACCUCUACAAUCAAGUACGCCAACAAGAAUAGAUUUUCAAGGUAUCACGUCGCCAGCAGUAGUUACAUUACCUCAUGUAAAAAACAAGGAAUCGUUGACCGAAUCUGGAAAACCUUACUCUGAAACAGAAGUUUUGUUCAAAACACCAAUGACAAUAGAAGAAAAUCAAUUGUUAGCUUCUCAGUGUACAAUACUAGCAGAUCAGACUAUGACUGAACCUAUUUUAUCAACUGCAAUAUCAAAUUCAGGCUUUUCUACUAACGUUAUAUCGGAAAAUAACUAUUCCAUUUUAGGCAACACUAGCAGACAUCAACCAACGUCUAUGGAGUCACUUGAUAAUGUAAUAGUCAUACCUUCGGAAUCAACUGCACUCAGCACUAAUGCUUUUAGUAAGCAUUUAUUUGUGCCUGAACCCUUGGUAAAAUCAAACAAAAAUAUUGCUAAGCCACGAGUUCCUGCUGCAAUAUCAUCUUUGGCUUGGAGGAAACAUUACGAGGAAAAAGAAAAAAAUAAACAUGAGAAAAGAGAGUCCAUACAACGUAAAAAAGAAGCAUCUAAAAGAAAGAAGGAUGAAAGAGGCGAAGUUAAGAGAAGAAAGACUGUGAAACGAACGAAGACUGAUAAAUUUAAUAUUUUAGGAACAGAGAAUAAAGAAAAUAAUAUCACAAAACAAAGAUGUGCUCAAUGCGAAAUGAUUUUAAAUAGUGACACAGAGGAAGACGAAGACAAAAACGUUGGCUGUGAUUUCUGUACCAAAUGGUUCCAUUUAAAAUGUACAGACUUCAUCGGACUAAGUUAUGAUGAAGUUAAAGAUAAGGCAUUUAAAUGCAAUUCUUGUAUUAUAGAAGAAGAUUAG